UUGUCCUGUCAAUUUCGUCUAUGGUCUCUCUCUUUCCUUCAACAAACAAGCAUUACACCCAUUUUCGUUGAAAGUAUUAUCGUUUAAAUAGAAUACUUCACAGAAAUGACUUCAAAAAGUGAAAAAGAUCGAGCCAAACAAAUCCAGGAUCGAUGUCAGAACAUACUAAUGCAGAUGCUGAAGGAUGAAGACAACAAAUACUGUGUCGACUGUGACGCGAAAGGUCCUCGCUGGGCGUCAUGGAACCUGGGCAUCUUCCUGUGCAUCCGGUGCGCCGGCAUCCACCGCAACCUGGGCGUCCACAUCUCCAAGGUCAAGAGCGUCAACCUCGACUCGUGGACACCUGAACAAGUUGUAUCCCUCCAACAAAUGGGCAAUUCCCGCGCGCGCGCUGUGUACGAAGCCAAUCUCCCCGACUCGUUCCGGCGGCCGCAGAACGACUCUUCGCUGGAGGCCUUCAUCCGCGCCAAGUACGAGCAGAAGAAGUACAUCGCCAAGGAGUGGGUGCCGCCGCCCACGCCCAAGGUCAACUGGGAUAAAGAGAUAGACGAAGAAAUGGAGAGGCAAAAACGGAAAAAGAAGUCUACCACUUCUGGACUGGGACCACUGCCGGCGCCGACCACUAGCGACAAGAAAUACAACGUAAGUUCACUUACAACAGUUACAACACUAUGCGCAAUAAACGUAAUUAAAAAGAAUGAAGCCACGAAAGCCGAACGGUGA